AUGGCUGCUACGGAACCCGCAAACCACGUCACUUCGCUUUUCAGCUCGCUGUUAGAGCAAUCGCGAAAACUUCGGCAGGAAACCGAUAAUGAUGGACUAGAAACCGUCCAGCUUGGAUUGAACGAGCUUGAGAGGAGGGCCAAGGACCUGAAGAAGACCCGCGAAGGAGCGCAAACCGAUGCAAGAGCGCAUUAUUUGUUGGCUGCUGGUGGGAUUAACACGGAUGAGGCUUUGCGCGACCUGGACUCUAUAGAUUUCCAGAACGCUUAUGAGCCAUCUACAAUACGAGUUGACACCGAUAUUGAUACCUAUCUCCGCAACCGGAGAGAACAAAAUGUCAUGUCUUCGAUUGAGGAUGGAAUGCGUCGGACAUCUCGAGAUUUUGAUGCUUUUGUCGCCAAGAAUGUUACAAUAGAAUGGGAGGCUCAAAAGCAGCGUAUCUUCGAACACUUCGGUCUUACGCCGCGAAAUUCUACAGCUCCAGGUGCUACAGCAGAUCCCGGCCAUAACACCUUUAAUGGGGGUCUCAGCGCAUUUGGUGCCUCUUCGUUCGGCGUAUCUUCUUUUGGUCGCUCUAAGUUGGGGCAGUCGUUUGGACCUGGAGUUGCUGGUAGAGGGAGCGUUUGGGCAAAGUCUACAAUGGGCACUAGUGUUUUGGGCAGACCAACAGCUGCCAAUACUACCGGGGCUUCUACUGCGAAAUUGUUCACGGAUGUUGACCCUGCUCGACAGAAUGAUAUGAGUAGGCAAGUGCAACUUAGACAAAAGCAAUUUUCGGCUGCUGUCAAACGUUUGAAUGAAGCCAGGUUAGAGAAUGGGGCUGAUGGCGGAAUCUAUCCUGUCAUGAAAGUCUUUGGCGAUGUCACCGGGGCUUCUGGAAAUGAUAUGUUGACCUUACAACUUUACGAUUCCUGGAAACUACUAGCAUCCAUAACCAACGAAUCUGAAAUCCGCGAUGGGAAUCCCUUUGGCGGUCCGCAUGAAAGGCAGUUUAGGAAAGACUAUAUUCUCAACACGUCUCCCGAUAGUGCUGAGGCUUCCAGAAUGCGGAAGACUGUUCAAAAAGGAGCUAGACGGUUCCUAGAAAAACAAUUCUUAGAAAUGGUCGAGCGUUCAGUUACCGAGAACCCCCAGAUCGCCAAAGUCGGCGGUAUUCCUUCAGUGUUCCACAAGUUCCGAGGUUACAUCAACGUUAAACUAGCCAACAAUAAGGACCUACCUGAAUGGGAUCUAAAAAACUUUGAUUACGUAUCUGAUGUUCCCUGUUGGGCAAUUAUAUUCUACCUUCUCCGCGCCGGCUUUCUAGAGGAAGCAGACGAAUUUGUUAGGCAGAACCAACAGUCAUUCCAGAAACUUGAUCGAAGCUUCCCUACAUAUCUUCAUGCUUACUGUUCGGCGGGCGAUGAACGGCGCUUGCCUAGGAACUUACUUGACAGGAUCCAGGGCGAGUACAAUAACCGUGUCCGACAUUCGGAAGACACCAAAGACAUAUUUAAGCCGGCAGUUUACAAAAUAAUUGGAAGAUGCGAUCUUUCUAAAAGAUCUGUACCAAAUGUCAUGCCAACCGCGGAGGACUGGAUGUGGCUACAGCUUGUAUUGGCUAGGGAGAUUGACAAAACGACCGAGCCGGCGCACGAGGUCUUUACUUUGACAGAUCUUCAAAAGGGAGUUCUUCAGUUUGGCGCAAAGCAUUUCUCACAGAAAGGAAGCAAUGUUGGGCUGUAUUUCCAAAUGUUAAUGAUGUCUGGCUUAUUUGAAGAUGCUGUCCACUAUUUGUAUUCAUUCCAAUACGUGGAUGGUGUUCAUUUUGCAAUUGCGCUCACAUAUUAUGGUCUCCUAAGACCAACUUCGAACCCCGCAAGUGUGGGUGGAGAAUUGCUCACGCUUGGUCAAAACGGAGAAAGGCAAAUCAACUUCCCCCGUUUAAUUGGUUAUUACACGAACGAUUUCCGUACGCCUAAUGCCGAAGAAGCUGUCGACUAUAUCAGCCUUAUCUGUCUCAAUGCCGAUCUUCCUGCACCCACCGGACCAAACCAUAUCACAAUUUGUCACGAAUCUCUCCGUGAGCUCGUUCUUGAUACCAAAGAAUUUACCAAGCUUCUUGGUGAUGUUCGUGCAGAUGGGACUCGCGAGAAAGGAGCAAUAGAGAAGCGCAUGAGACUCAUCAAGCUUACCGAUCAACGUGAAUAUCUUCGAACGAUUACCGAACAAGCUGCUGUUCAGGCAGAUGAUGAUGGUAGGGCCAACGACGCUGUCUUAUUAUACCACCUCGCGGAGGACUAUGAUACAGUUCUCCAAAUUGUCAACAAGAAUCUCUCGGACUAUAUCGCGAGCGAGGAGGCUCCAACACGUUACCAAGAUCUUACAGCGACCAAUGGACUGUUGAACUCUAGCCUGAGUCUGACAAGCGUAGAGGAUCCGGUGCAACUGGCUCAAAACAUGCUUAAGAUGUAUGGGGCCAAUGUAUCUGUGUACACUAAGAUUGAAUUGAGAAAUAGGGAGGCUUGCGGUGUCCUACUUCGUAUCGCAGAAGCCAAAAAGCUGUUUGCAAAUGGCGACUGGGAGGCCUGUUUAGUCACAAUCGAAGGUUUCGAUAUAAUCCCUCUUAAUCCACGCGUAGACGUCGGGUCCAUCCGUCGGGCCGCUCAAAACUUCAGCACUCUUCAUGAAACCGUCUCUCGAAAUAUCGGCCUCCUACUUAAGAUGGUAGUCGAGUGCUGCCAUCGUCUGAGCAUAGAUAUCAAGAAUAGCUUGUUUGCCGAUGCAAGCAGAGACCAGAAGUUGGUGGAGCUAAAGGCUAGGACGAAAUGUGCAAUGAUUUAUGCCGGAAUGAUUCAAUACAAGCUGCCGGCACAUGUGUAUGAAUUUAUCAAUAGUCGGGAUGUUACAGACGGGUUUUAG